CUUUAUAUUUGGUCAGUUUAUAUGCCUAAGUUACCAACUUUUUAUGCUUACAAACACUACUGUUGAUAAGCAGAGACUAAACAAGGUCACUGAAAUUGUGUUUCACAAUGACUGUCAUUGCAAGAUCAAACACUUGGCAUGUUAUUGGGUUGGGAGAAACGCUUCGACAUCAUUUUGGGUAUCGCUCGAGGGCUUCUUUAUCUUCACCAAGAUUCCAGGUUGAGGAUUGUUCAUAGAGAUUUGAAAACAAGCAACAUUUUGUUAGAUGAGGAGAUGAAUCCCAAAAUUUCCGACUUUGGCUUGGCAAGAAUAGUUGGAGGUAAAGAAACAGAAGCAAAUACCAACAGAGUCGUUGGAACCUAUGGCUAUAUGUCUCCAGAGUAUGCAUUAGAUGGAUUGUUCUCAAUUAAAUCAGAUGUCUUCAGUUUUGGAGUUGUUGUCCUCGAGAUUAUUAGUGGGAAAAGGAACACAGGAUUUUAUAAUUCUAAAGAAGCCACGAAUCUUCUAGGCUAUGCUUGGAGAUUGUGGAAGGAAGAGAGGGCAAUGGACUUGGUGGACCAGACACUCCUGGAAUCAUGCAGUAGAAGUGAAGUUUUGAAGUGCAUAAAUGUUGGGCUCUUGUGUGUGCAAGAAGAUCCCAGUGAUCGUCCCACCAUGACAAAUGUAGUGUUAAUGCUCGGCGGUGAAACUGCAACUCUUCUGAACCCUAAACAACCGGCUUUUGUAGCAAGAAAACGCCUUUCCAGCACACCUUCUUCUUCCUCAAGUAAACAAGAAGCACAGUCCCAUAAUGAGUUGACAUUUUCUCUUGGAGAAGGUCGAUAAUGGUGUUCUUGAUUUAUGUUCUUCUUUAUCCAGGCUAAAACAGUUUUACUGGCCAAGUUUUGACAAUUAGGCAGGCACAUUUAGCUAUUCAGUUUAAUAUACGCUGAUAAUAAUUACAUACCCAAUUUUUUUUUCCUUUGUUUCUGUUUGUAGAAAGAAAGAUCUAGUUAUGCAUUAUCUUCCAAAUCCACCUCUUCAAGAUAAUUCGGAUCCUG